UAUGUCCCCACGUUGCUGGGGGAGUUAAAAAAAAAAAGAGUGAAGGCAUGGGCUCCACGUGGCCCACAAGUUGCCCCCAUUUUCCACCACCUUCUAUUUCAUCUAAUAUGUUCUUUCUUUAUUAUUUUUCUCAUUCUCUGCUCUACGGGGGAGUUGGGGAAAACCGAAUAGAAACAGAGCAACACAAAGAGAGAGAGAGAGAUAGAGAUAGAGAGUUCGAGAGCUCAAGAUGGAGCUCACGGAUGAAGGGGACAGAAAAGAACGAGACUUGAUGAAGAGGGGUGGAUAGAAUCGAGCUGGGAAGUGGUGAUAUAGAGCUGAAUAGUGGUGCCCACUGCAGCGGUGAAAUUAUGCAGAAACGGAUAAAUGAACGGGUGCUUCGGGGUCAAUCGGGAGGGACCGUGAAGACUGAAACCUUGCACUCUGAAGGGUUGAUUGAAUUUGCUAUCUCUGUGGGGGGUUUUCGGUGGGGGACUACACAACAGACAUGGACACUGCCGAGGAGGGGGCUCGCACAUUGCAAUCUAUCUUGGUAUCGGGAGAUCGAGAUUUUGUCAUUAGAAAUGGAGGAGCCAAGGUCCGGGUUUUCUGAUUUAUUGGGGAAGAACAUCCUCCUCUAUAUCUCUGCUUAUCAGAAACCUCCUUGCCAUUCUUUGCUUCCAAAGGUUCUCAAAGCAUACCAUGAGAACAAAGCUAAAGAUGAGGCCUUCGAAGUAAUAUACAUCCCAAUUGAGGGCAAUCAAGCUGCCUUUGAGCAAUACUUUUCGAGAAUGGCACAGUGGCUGGCACUUCAUUUUGGUGACUCAAGGAUCUUAUCAUUGGUUAUCAAACUUGAAAUCCAUCAUAUACCAGAGCUGGUAGCUCUAGGACCAAGGGCUCAAAUUAUAACCAAACAAGGCAGAAGCCUUAUAGAAGUUUACAGGACGGAUGCUUAUCCCUUCACGGAUGACCACAUUGAGGAUAUGGUGAACAGUUGGCCCGAGAAGUUGCGACACGCGCUGCACUGCUAUGAGCCUAGGCUCACCCGACAGGUCCGUUUCACAGGUGAUGGUUGCCAGGAAAUGGGAUCCGUAUGGUCAUACUUCUGUAAGAAGUGCCAUUUUGAUCUUCAUCCCCCUUGUGCUUUCAGAGAAGGCAAAUUAAGAAACCAGUCAGAGGACUCGGAGGAGGACAAGAUCGCGACGGGCGAGCAUGAGUUCCAGCUCAUCCCGAAUUUCAGUGAGAUCAAAAUGGGUCUGAAGGCUGAAGCUGGAUGUUCAAGCUCAUUAGCCGACCAAUCCGAAGUCAAUGAUCCAGAACUCGAACCAUUUAAGAUGAAGGACAUAUCGUACAACCGUUUGAAGGUAAGCGGCAUUAACCUUCUCGGAUUUGCUAUUUUGUGAGAUUCUGUAUUUUUGGUGAAGUUGUGAAAACCAAAUCCCAAACGAUGCAACUAUUGUUUGUAAUUAAUUGAUGGUCAAUCAUAUAUAGGUUAUAGAUAUAUAAGUUACACGAACUUAACACGUAGAUGAGGAGAUUUUGCGGUCUAUUCGUUGGUCUUGAAGAUGCAGGCAUAAAAUCUUUAUUUCGUGAUAUUACAAAAAGAAAAAGAGGAAAAAUCUUUAUUUGGCGGGAUGAUCAAGACAGAUGCGCAUGUCCGAAGAGAGGAUUUGGAGAAGAAUAAAAGUCCGAAAAUCACCUGGCAUCUCAUAGAGAAUGAUCGGUAAAUUGGGGUUCCUCUUUCAUGACGCUGCUUUGCGUUUCUUGAAUGAUUUGCUCCCUUCUGAUAAAUCCAGCUUGCUUGUUAUCUAUUGCCUGCAUACUCUUCCCCAGAGCUCAUCUUUUAUCAACUAGAAAUCAAAGAUAACAUAUAAAUGUAAUACUAAUAACCGAACAGCAGUAUAUAGCAUCAACGCAUCUAGCUCACAAUUUAUUAUUAGGAUAAAUUCCACCGAUAAUCCUAUAAUUUUGUAUAUAGAUAACAAGACCCCAUUCUCACAAAAAUGGGACUCGCACCACCCAUGUCAAACUUAUGAUUGUACAGUACAUUUAAAACAAUAUGACAAAUAAAAAAAGGAGAGAAAAUCAGUAAAGAAAAUAUAAUCUCACAAAAUAUUCUCUUAUUUUUCCACAAUUUUCUCCCACUUCCCACAAUUCUCUUAUCCCAUUUUUUUCUCCUUUCUCAUAACUUAAACACACUCUGUAAAAUCACUUUUCGUAAUUUUUCCUAUUUUUUUUGUAUUAUUUGCAACGACAUUGGUAUAUAAAAAUUUGCGUGUAACGCAUGUGCAAAUCGGCAACUCAUAAAACGAAAAAUAAUUUAUGCAACAUAUCACCUAAAGGAAUAAAAAUUAUACAAUAAUUCUUAGUGAGCCGACCUGGCUCGACUGGAUUAGUUGGGAUUCAAUCAGACUUCCGGAUAUCAGGAUUCACACUGAAAAAAUUAUAAAAUAAUUUUAACUCCGUCAUGUAAAAUUCUUAAGUUCUAAUGUGCCUCAUGUAAAAAAAAAUUUAUAUUGCGAGGUCGAGAGACAUAGAGAAUGAAGACAGAAGCUCAGCCUCAAUAGACAUGGAACUCUAUGUAUUUCAUCUGUUAGGCUUCCCCGAAGUAUUUCACGACAUAAGGAUUGACGGACAUGUAGUGGGCAAAAUUGAACCGCCUGCGUUUCAUGAGAUGAAUAGAAAUAUAGAGGCAGUUAUGAAGGCUAUUCCAAAUCCCGAAUUCCGAAAAGCCACCAGAAGAAAGCAUCACGAUCACGAGAUUGGAUCCGAUCGAGCACUGCCCAAACGGCUUCUCCUUGAGGUACAUUUCAUCCUAUGCCUUGUUUUUCUCCUCUCUAUCUGCUUCACAGUUAUUCUGUACAUGUCAAGGUUUAGGACUAGCUUGUAUGUGUCAGAGACAUAGCAAAGUUGUCCUUGCAAAUAAAUAAUAUUUUGUUUUAGGAAAUGGAAAUAAAAUUUCAAAGAGGUAUUCCUAAAUCUUGUAACUAAUUCCAAAUGAUCCUUUUUUUUCCCUACUCAUGGAGAAAGUAUUUAGUGCAACUAUGUUACCAUAUCAACACUGUCAUGUGGUAAGACCAUCCAACCAAAAGAUGGCAGCUGGUGGAAUUGCCCCGUCAAAGAACCAUCUCCACAGCUAAUGGGACCUCUACAAUCCCAAAUGAUGUUUAUGUACUUUGACGCAACAAAAAAGAGCCAGAUAUGGAAGGCUUUGAAGCAGCUCUAAGAGAAAUAUUGGAACCAUCUGAUCCUCUGACACCAAGAAUUUUGGAGUAUGAGACCUAAAAAAUGAAGAGAUGAAGCAACAGGAAGGAUUGCUUAGCGAUUUUGUCAUGAUUGAGUAGUGGUUAGAUACUGGCAGCGGACUUAUGGUUUUAUUGAGCAGAAAGGAAUUUUAUGUUUAACCAUAUAAGGGAAUUGUAUAUAAGCUUUUAUGUAAUUGUUUAAUUAAAAACGUUGUUGUAAAUCUUCUUUCUAUCU